ACCUGAACGAUCACAACAUACAGGGAUUUACAAGGACAUAUUGACAAUGGCCAUAGCUCUAAAUGCUGUUCGAGUACCCUUUGUUUUGUCCCCCCAGUGGAGCACACCUUUAAUAAAUCCACCUGCAAGUACGAAAACAUAUUUCAAGGUAUUUCUAAAUGGACAACCAAAAGCUCUGGGGACUUUACAGAUUUCAGCGGCCUUCAUACAGAUCUCACUUGGGGCGAUCCUCUACUUUGUGUCCUUCUUCAGCUAUACAAACUUUACCAUAAACAGUGGCAUUCCUUUCUGGGGACCCGUUCUCUAUAUCAUUUCAGGCUCUCUGUCUGUCGCUGCUGGAAACCGCGAGUCUAGUUGUCUGAUUGGAUUUUGCCUGGCCAUGAACAUUAUAAGCUCUUUGACAUCCACGUUGGAGCUUGCUCUUCUCAUUCCAGACAUUUCAGAUUUUACCAGUGACUGUAAUAAUUCAGCUUUAACUCCCUGUGUAGACCACGUGGCUGAGACAUGGAUCAUCAGAAUUAUUAUUUUAAUAUCUUUGAUAAUUGUCAGCUUGCUGGAGUUCUGCGUGGCCGUUUCGUUGUCUUCUUUUGGCUGUCAUGCUCUGAGUUAUAAAUCCAUUGAGUCCUUACCACAGCAGGCACUACUAUUCAACAAUGAAUGUUGGACGAGACACGUUCAGCCUGUCUAUCCUCACACUUUGAUGCCAAACCCUGUCCCUGCUUCUGCUCCUCCUAUGUAUCCAGCCAUUCAUGGAAGUCCAACUACUACUAGCAACUCCAUUCCAAACCCCAUUAUCCCGCCACAACUUAUCUUUCCUUAACUGGAAUCUACUGGUGGAAGAAAAACCUACUGUACGUGUGCAGUGUGCUUUUGUUUAAUGCCUUAGUGAUAGAAUUUUCCUUCUAAAUGAAGACAAGUCUUUAAAGGUCUCCUUGAGUUUACAGAAAAUAGAAACUACCAGCUGCUUCGCUUAUAACAUAGGAAAGUGAGUGUGGAAGGGGCAACCAUACU